AUGACUCCCCCAACAGCUGCCCAGAUAACCGCCUCCCUAACCGCACAGAGCCUCCCAGCACCAACACCCCUCUUCCUCGCCCCGAUACUCACGUCCUCCUCUUCCUCCUCCUCGUCCUCCUCACUCACCUCCAGCAGCCGGCCUCUCGCAGCCCUAACAGCAACAGCCAAGCACCGCCUCCUCCACACCUCCAUCUCCACCAACCCCUCCCCCCUGCAGCCCACAAGCGCCAGCCUCCCAGCCACCAUCAGCAAUGCGGCCAUCGCAGCGACGGCACUCGCGGUAGAUACCUUCGUGCAGAUACUCGACAUCCAGGACCUGGGCCGCAGCCGGUGGGAGCAGAUCGAGGCGCUAGAAGCAGAGCGGAAGGGCGAGACGACGAAGGGGAGGGAGGUGAUUCGCGUCGUGCCCGCGGAGCCGAACGGCGGCGAGGCUUCGCAAGCAUCAGCUCAAGCCCAGCUCCCGAACGGAAACGCAAACGUGAACGCGAAUGCAAAAGGCCCUUUCAAGCUCCUGCUGCAAGACUGGAAGGGGACCACGGUGUGGGCUUUCGAGCUGAAGAAGGUUGAGCGCAUCGCGAUGCCGCCGGCUCUGGGCAUGGGCAUCGGGUGUAAGAUUCUGCUGCGGAGGGGGACGCGUGUUGCGCGCGGCACGGUACUGUUGGAGCCGGCCUGCGUGAUGGUGUUUGGGGGACGGGUUGAGGGGUUAGAUAGCGCGUGGAAGGCGGAAAGGGAGCAUAGGUUGAGGAGAGAGGUUGAGGCGCAGAGAGGGGAGCGGGAUGGUUGA